CUCUAGUUAUUGGCCGGUGCAGUCAUAUGCAACGAUCGUGGUCUAGUCUAUAGUACUAACAAAUUAUGAUUUUCAAGAAUAGAUUUAUAUUCGUUAGUGUAGAAAAGAUUUGUCUCUGCUUCCUAAUUUAAUAUAUUUGGUUAAAGGUUAAGAGAUAUAUUUUCUGAAGUUAGUUUGACGAAUAUGUCCGGUUUCUUUAUUUAGAAAUUUAACAUUCGAGAAUGUAAUUUUAUAUUUCCUAUUUUAUAGUUUAUUUUUUCCUUCAGUAUGCAAAGUUGUAGUUUUCAUCGAAGGAAGACAUUCUUCAAAAGCUAUUUCGGAGUAUUUCAUUUUAUAAUAUCUCAAGAUUGUGAAGCAAUCCUGUUUCAUCUGGAUCCCGAUCACGUGGUUUUAUUUACUUCAAUCAACUCAACACGUUGAAUAGACUAUAAACAAUGAUUGCAAUGUGUAUCAUAUUAUAAAUACAUAUGUUAUAAUUAUGACAAAAUUAUUUAAGAAAUCAAUUCAUGUAGAAGCAUUGUGUAAUCUCACCAAAAAAAAAGCAAAUGUGCUUUCUGAAUGUUCUUAUCCGUUUUAAUAAAAAUAUAUUACUGAAUAAUAAUCUCAUUAAUUAGGCAGUAGUAUUAAAUAACAAUUGGACAUGACAACGCUAAAAGGCAUUUUUCCUGAUUCAAAAUCAGUAAAAGGAAAAAAUUUCAUACAUGAAAAUGUCAAAAAUCUUCGUCGUAUAGAUCACUUACAUAUUAAUAAAGGAACAAAAGAUGUACAAAAAUCACAAAUAUCCAACCGUAGAAAAAUUAAUAAUAAUAAUUAUAGUAAUAAUCAAAAUAAUAAUGUUUUAUCAAAAGUUAAUACAAAUCUUCGAACAAAAAAGGAUGAUAAUGUGAAUACAAGUGUAAAUAGUAAAUUAGAUCAGCAUCAAGAAUUAUGUAAGAAAAUAAGUGCGUCAACAUUAGACAAAGAUAAUAUUUUUAUGAAAAAGACAAUACAUUCAACAAGUAAUAAUUUAUUAAUUAAAGAAAGAAAAAAGGAAAAUAAAGGAUUACAUAAAUGUACACAGAAAUUACAUGAGAAUAUUUCAUCAAAUCCUAAUUUUUCAUAUAAAUCAGUUGGAGAUACUGACAAUGAUAUAAAGGUUCAAAUUAAAGUUAAAAGUCAAGGUAUUCAAACACUGGACACACAGGAAAUUGAUGAUCUAUUUUCUGAAGGAACAGUUAAAUACCCUUCAAAAAAAUAUUUAAAUCGUUAUGAAUCAAUAAAUAAAGAUAAUACAAAUGAAGAAAUUAAUGUAUCUUCAAGAAGUAUAACAAAUUCACCUUUAGAUCAAGGAGAUAUUCGAGUCAUUGAAAAAAAUACACAAGCUAAAAAUGAUACAAAAAGUUCCAAAUCUGUAUUAUCUAAAGAAGAAGUAAAUUUUAUUAAAUUAAACAAAGAACAUACCACUGUAACUAAUAAGAUAGCAACCCAAAUGAAUAACAACACCAGUAAUAAUAGUAAUAAUAACAAUCUUCCUACAAAUUAUCGCAUGGGUGUAGUUCCAAGGUAUAUUAAGAACAGAAAGGAAAUUCAAGAAAGGGUACAGAGAGCUAAAGUAGAAGAAUUGGAUCCUAAUUGUCCAAAUGGACAUGUUCCAUUACCUGAUAAUGAGCGUAAGGAGACAUUGCAAAUGUUAAAAAAGAAUUACCAAGAUUAUGUAACUGAAUUAAAUAUGAUGCCUAUAAAAGUGGAUACUCUUAGGGCGCAACGACGAAAAAUUGAAAUAGAGAAACAACUGAACAAAUUAGAAGAAGGGAUAAAAGUUUUCUCAAGACCAAAAGUUUAUGUAAAAAUGAAUGCUUAAAUUGUUAUUGUUUUAUAUACAGUUAUAUAAUUUAAUGUAUAAGAAACAGGA